GAUGUGCGAGAGUGGGCGCAUGUGAUCGGUUACGGGAAGUGUAAAUCAGCCGUGUCUAGUACGGUGGCCGAAGUUGGACAUAAAUAGUUACCUUCUCCUUCGCCUGGCGGGGCCUAAAUUCUUUUACCUUUCCUCGGUGCGGAAAGAGCCGGCGGCGACACAGCGGAGAUGAGCGGCCAGAGGAAAGGGGAGCCGAGUGACCCCCUGCUCACAUGGAUGCGGACAUUUCAAGUGUCAGGCCCCUGCGCGUCUUACGAGGACCUAACAGGAGGGGUAGCUAUUGCCCAGGUCUUGAAACGAAUAGACCCCACCUGGUUUAACGAGGCUUGGCUGAUGCGGAUAAAGCUGGACUGUAAUGACAAUUGGAGGCUGAAGGUCAGCAACCUGAAACGGAUCCUGCAAAGUGUUCUGGAGUAUUACCAAGAUAUGCUAGGACACCCGGUGUCUGAAGAUCACAUUCCAGAUAUUGCGCUGAUCGGGGAGUUCUCGAACACGGCUGAGCUGAGGAAGAUGGUUCAGCUGGUGCUGGGCUGUGCCAUCAGCUGUGACAAGAAGGAAGAGCACAUCCAGCAGAUAAUGACCCUGGGGGAGUCGGUCCAGCAGGCUGUCAUGGAAUCCAUACAGGAGCUCCUGAGCAAGGACCCCACUGACAUGGUGGCCGCUGACAGCUACGUGAACUAUGACAGUCAGUCACGUAAAUAUUACUUCCUUAGUGAGGACACAGAUGAGAAAAGUGACUUCAUGCAGCGUUAUCACGACUUGGAGCAGCAGGUAUCGGUGCUCGUAGAAGAGAAGCGAAGUCUGAUGACCGAAAACAGAAACCUGAAGGAGCAGCAGGAGCAGUCAGACGGGGGCAUGGGGACACCCCAGAUGUUUAGCAAGAAGCUGCUUCUGCUGCAAAGUCAGAUCGAGCAACUGCAGGAGGAAAACUACCGGCUGGAGAGUGCGAGAGAUGACUACAGACAGCGAUGUCAAGAGCUGGAUCGGGAGGUUCAGGAUCUGCAGAUGCGCAACCAAGAUCUAACUGGGCUGGCACAUGAGGCGCAGUCACUACGGGAUGAGAUGGACGUCCUCAGGCACUCCUCAGAUCGUGUAGGGAAGUUAGAGUCCUUGGUAGAGUCAUACAAGAAGAAGCUAGAAGAUCUUGGGGACCUGCGACGUCAGGUCAAGCUCCUGGAGGAGAGGAACACUGUCUACAUGCAGCGCACCUGUCAGCUGGAGGAUGAGCUUCACAAAGCCCAUGCGUCCCGUGGACAGGUGGAGAGCCUGAGCCGCCAGAUCCAGGAAUUGCACAAGAAGCACUCGGCAGAGUCCCUGCGGGCAGAGAAAUGGCAGUUUGAGUUCCAGACGUUAAAGGAGAAGUUCGAGGCUCUACAGAAGGAGAAAGAGCGGCUGGUGAUGGAGCGAGACUCUCUGAGGGAGACAAAUGACGAGCUGCGCUGCUCCCACCUCCAGCAGACGUGUCUGGUCCAAGCAGACGUUAUCUCUGGGCCGUCGCCGGAGAAUUUAGCAGCGGAAAUCCUGCCUGCGGAGAUGAAGGAGACGGUGAUUCGGCUCCAGCAGGAGAAUAAGAUGCUGUGUGUCCAGGAGGCCUCGUACCAGGAACGUCUGUGUGAGCUGCAGAAUCUGCUGGAGGAGUCGAGCCGGGGCCGCAACAGGCUGGAGAGCGAGAGCCGGGUGAACCAGCAGCAGAUCCAUGAGCUCCGGGCCCAAGUUGAGGAUCUGCAGAGGCAGCUUCGAGAACAGGGCAGCCGGGCAGAAGAUUCCUCGCAGCUGAAGAGGAAACUGGAAGAACACCUGGACAUGCUGCAUGAUGCUCACUCCGAACUACAGAAAAAGAGGGAAUACAUUGAGACCCUGGAACCCAAAGCGGAGCUGAAUAUGUCCCGGAAAGUGGAUGAGUUGCAGCAGAUCUUACGGCAGAAGGAGGCGGACAUGCAAGCGAUGGAGGAGAGGUACAAGCGCUACGUGGAUAAAGCCAGGACGGUUAUUAAAACCUUGGACCCCAAACAGCAGAAUUACAUCCCCCCUGAAAUCCAGGCCUUAAAGAACCAACUGCAGGAGAAGGACACGAGGAUCCGGCACUUGGAGAACGACUUUGAGAAGACGAAAUCUCAGCGGGAACAAGAGGAGAAGCUUAUUAUAAGUGCCUGGUAUAACAUGGGAAUGUCUCUGCAUCAGAAGGUCACGGAUGAGCGGACACAGAACCCCAGUGGCGCACAGUCCUUCCUGGCCCAGCAGAGACUGGCCACCAACGCCCGCCGCGGCCAGCUCUCCCGCUCCCACUCUCUCCUCCCCAGAUAUGCAAACGCAGAGAAGCGUCAGAGCCUGUCUUGACCCCCUCCCUACACAGUCAGGGGUUAGAAUCUGGUGCAAGGUGUCUUACAAGCUGCCAGUCUUUGCGUGGGGAGACAGGUGACCCGGUGACGGGGACUAACCUGUCACUGAUAGUGGGUAACACUACUGCCUAGUGGGCCUGAUCUUUGUUUUUUAAAAGUCCAAACCCUGUUCUGUUGGGAAUUCAUCUUUUUAACUAUUUCUGCCUCAUUUUUACCCUCAGUGGAAAUUUAGCAUGUCCCCUACACAUCCUGCCAUCCCCCGAUCCUACAGGGAAUAUUUCCUCACUACAUGGCUUUCUCUGUUAUAAUCCGCCUUCAGGAGCUACCAAUGCCCACACUGAAACUCCACGUGUGAGGAACUACAUAUCCCAUGAGGCUAGGCCAGCCGUUAGACAAUGCUAUUAUGUAGGGAUGGGGGAUAACAUAGGGUAAAUGUAUAUUUUUAAAACACGAAGAAAAACUGUAGACACGUAGUCGAGUAUCCGCCGAUAAGUAAUUUCUGUAUUGACACAAUGGACGGUGUAGCAGAAUUGUUCGGUCUAUUUAUAAAUGUCUGUCGUCAGAGAAAAAACAUCAGUCACUUAAAUGACCCCAAACUUGCCAUAGUUUAUUGCGAAUGGUACUUUCAUAGUGAUGCGGCACCACCUUGUGGCAGAUGAGCGUUACUGCACAGAGUUUGGAGGACUUUUUAAUGACUUUGCAUUUUUUUUCCUCUGUGAGACUACUGCACUUUAAUAAUAUUGUAGUGAAGCACAAACCAAAGACCUCUCUUUAGACCACAUAUCCUCCUACUUGUUUUAUAAGCGACAACUGCAUGGUCACUGUAGUAAAUGUCUUUAGAACGAUUGUAUGGAUGCAGAGCAGUUUGUUGUCCUAAGGAUCCACACAUGGGGCAAUGUACACCUCUCUGACUGCAGUCUGAGGUCAGCCACGCAAUGCACGGAGCUAUUACAGCAGGAAACUUAGCAUCUGACAAAUGACCAUCUGCUUCUGCUUUACAAACCCUCGUUUGUAGCCUGCAGAUGGUUCCAGGAUUUUUUUAAACUUUACUCUAUAAUAAUGUCGUAAUGUGGUCUCAGAAGGAAGUCAGGUCACAGGCCUUGGACGUCAUACUCUGACGAGAGCCAGAAACCCCAAAAUAGUUUUUGUCUACGUGAUUUUUUUUUUUCUUUCAUUAUCCUUAAGGUCACGGUUACCCAUUAGUGGCAGUUUUGGAGAUAGGAAACUUUGCUUGGUGCUGACAUUUGGGGCUAUUUGUUGGGACAUGUCUGAUCUUGAGCCUCUUAGACCUAAAAUAAUAACACAAUUGUUUCACAAGCAUGACGGCUUCUACUUUCUUUUCCAGCUCAGCUCUCAGUAGCAAACUUUUCACAACUGCCGGCUUGCUGUAUUUUAGUUUGUGUAAGUGAGUUAACGCGUUUCGUCAUAACAGAGUUGUUGUUUUUUAUUUUCAACACAGCUGUUUACUUUCCUCUCUAUUUAUAUAUAAUUUAAACUGUGACGUGCCGACAAUUUAAUUCUUUUCUUCCCCACAAUGUAUUUUAUUUUCUAUCUACUUAUUUAUAUGUAUAUUGUCUUACACCCACUUUUUCCAUUUUAGGUACGCAGUGGUGUGGCAGUCUCUCUGUAACUGUUAUAAAAUGUGUCAUAGGAGAAAUAUCACCUUUUUUUUUAUUGUUCUUUACUGUUCACCAAUUUGUUUGACACCUUUUCAAACGUAACAGAUUUUAGAUUGGGUAAUUGUAAGAGGUGCAGUACCUUCAUGUGGCCUUUAGAUGGCACUGUGUGCUUUGCAGUCCAUGAGUUCGGACACUAGCAUAUAAUAAGGUGUUAUCUUUGUUUUCGUCAGUAUUGCUUGACUAGUGCAUUAUGAAUUAGCUUGGAAAGUAAGUGUCCAUCGGAGGGAUUUCCACACUGCUGACUCCUUCUUUAGCUGCUAAUCCUUCUCCACCAGUCCUAAUGUUUUAAACAAUUUGUCUACUUUUAUACGCUACAAAUAAAGUUUUAAUGCUCUUUU